AUCACUCCACGAUUGUCCAUCAUGAAGUUCUCUCUGUUUCUGGGCUGUGGACUCGUGUCUAUCCUGGCUGUGGCCUCAACACUGGAUGAAGGCUGGAAGAACUGGAAAUCACAGCAUGAGAAACAGUACACUGAGGAUGAAGAGACCUACAGGAGAAUGGUCUGGGAGAACAAUAUGAGAUACAUCGAACAACAUAACCUGGAGUACUCGAUGGGGAAACACACAUUUACUGUGGGAAUGAACCAGUUUGGAGAUCUGACCAAUGAAGAGUUUAAUGAACUCGUGAGUGGAAUGGUCCAAAUUGAUGCUGAUAACCUGACUGCACCGGAAGUUAAUGAAAGAGAUGAAAUUAAUGAAGGUGAAGCUGUUGACUGGCGUAAAAAAGGUUUAGUUACUCCAGUAAAAAACCAGCAACAAUGUCGUGCUUCCUGGGCUUUCAGUGCACUUGGUGCUGUUGAAGGACAGUGGGCAAAGACGUAUGGAAGACUGGUUUCUCUGAGUGAACAGAGCCUGAUUGAUUGUGACAAAGGAAAUGGUGGAUGUCGUGGUGGAUUGCUUGCGAGAGCCUUUCGAUAUAUGAUUAGAAGAAAAGGCAUGAACUCUGCUGAGGCCUACCCUUACACAGGACAGGUUGGAUUCUGCAGACAUCACAGAACUAAAAUUGUUGCCAGAAUCAUUAACUGUAAACGUAUAAGAGAAGGCGAAAUUAAUUUGGCAAAAGCAGUGAGAGACGUAGGACCAAUCUCUGUUGUGAUUUAUUCAGGCCUAAAGACCUUCCAGUUUUAUGAACAAGGAGUUUACUAUGAUCAAGACUGCAAACACCCCGCAAACCAUGCAGUGCUGACGGUUGGAUUUGGAACUGAGAAUGGAAUGAACUAUUGGCUGGUUAAAAACAGUUGGGGAACAUCCUGGGGUGAAAAAGGAUACAUCAGAAUGUCUAAGGACAAAGGGAAUAACUGUGGGAUUGCCAGCUAUAUGUUCUAUCCCAUCGUGUAAGGAGCCAUGUGUGAAACCAAAGCUUCAUUGAACCCCACCUGAAAGAAUGAGGCAACCAUUUCUGCUGAUGUCGACUCAUUCGAUGCCAUUGCUUUAGCUGCCUGCUGCAAUUUGAAAAGUGGGAUAAUAUCAGCUUCUGCACAUUUCUAUAGCUUCACAUAAAAGGUUAAUAUCAUUCUGUGUUUGAUGCAUGUAACCACAGUAACAUCUGAGUGUCUACAUUCUCCAGCUUGUGGAGAGACAAUAACCUGAAUGUACUGCUGAUGUUGAGCGAUAUAAUAAA